AUUUAUUACCCAUAAUGUCUAUUGUAAGAAUGGACAGAAUUUGGAUCGAGCAAGUGAUUUUGCAACUGGGUAAGGAACAAUUUUUUAUUAUAGCCUCAUUGCUCGUUUUACAGCAAGUGUAAAAACAAAAAUAUAAAUGAAUUAAGUAAAAAUCCUUCACAUGAAUGUAUUUUGUAGUCAACAGCGUAUUUGUUUAUAUCAGUGUCAAAUUCAGCCACAUUAUUUUAUACUUUAGAAUCUUAAAAGUAGAGUUUAAAAUCAUCUGAGGAAAUUUGAAGAUAAAAUAUAAAGGUAUAAUUCUGGUGACAUAAUAUAACUUGCAUCAACAUGGGAGGAUUAUGUUCAUUAGUAAAAUAAUUUUCUAGUAUUUAUGUUUAAGAAUUAUUUUUCACUAAUAAAAUGACUUUAGACUUACCACUUCUUUUGUAAUACAAGUGAUCUAUAGUAAUAAAUCAAUACACUAAAUAAUAAAUAAACAACUCCCCGGUUGACUGAUUAUAUUCUGCAAUUAAGCUUAAAUAAAUUAAAAAUAAAUAAACAUAGAAGUUUUUCAUGACAUAUUGUUCUUUCAAUUACAGCUGAUGCAUUUGAUAUUCGGGUUGUAUGGAACAGGGACACAGCUAUCAUGACUGGAGCUAUGGCAUUGGCGGGUGGUCUGCUUGGAGGUUAUGCUGGAGGGAGAAUGGGUGCAGCACUUGGUGCCGGUAUAGGCAGUGCGACCGGAUUUGGUGUUUCUUCUUAUGUAACACUACGUGAAAUAUGGGAUACAGUCAAGGAAAAACUGAAAGAGUUGCUGUAUAUAGUUUUCAAUUUUCUCCGACGCUUGGACCCUGUGGACUGUGUGCAUGCAUUUGAAAUACUUAUGGCGUGUAGAAACAGUCGACGUGAGCUGGUGUUCACUAUACUGGAAUUUGUUGCACAAAAAUUGGGACGUAAUGUUAUUUCAAGUAUAACUGCCGCAUAAGGUAUAGAUUAUACUCUUACUUAAGAAUCUACUGUCAUUUGUUACCUGCCAUCUGAUUUAAAAUGAAUCCCUAUGGAUUGUGAUAGUAAAAAUUAGAUGAAUAAUAUUGUUUAUUCAAUAUCUUUUGAAAAAAUAAAAAAAUUGUAAUUGAUAACAUGUCAAAUAGUUGUAGUGUGAAGUUUGUGAAUAUCUUUCAAAACUCAAAUUUAAAGGGAUUUUGAUUAAUUUUAAAGUUACAUAAUUAGCUUCCUGAGUGAACAAUUUUUCAAAUCUGACAAUGAAAUUCUAAUUUUAAUGCCUUAUUGUGUACCUCUGGUAUGAGCAGUGAGGAGAUAUUUUUUAAUUAUAUAUUGCAUAUAUACCAUAUCAUUUUACACAUAAUGUGAAUAUAAAAUAUGACAUUAUUUUAUAUUCACAUUGAUUAAGACAGACAAACUAUAUUGAAUUUGACAAGAGCUAUUUUUCAAAUAUAAAUAUCUAUAAAUCUAUAUAUACAUAUAAUUGUACGGUUUUUUAUAAUGUCGAAAAUUAAUUGUCUUAAUAACAUUUCACAUUAAGAAAGAAGUCAAAUUCUUUGUAAAAAUUUAAUUAAUUUGUUUUAAAUAAAUUAUCACAUAAAUUGUUAUUGAAAAAUUAUAGUGAGUAUAAGAUAAAAUUACAAUGGGUUGUGUUUUACCGUCCUUCUAAUGUAGUUAAUGAAUUACUUAUUUUAUAAAAGC